CAGGUAUUACGUCUGAUUGGGAGCGGCUGCUGCCACGAUUCAACAUCAUCCCUCUGUCAACCAUCCCCUCUCUCUCUUCCGUUAGCGCGCCACCGUCCCUCAUCACUCCUCUUGCUCACCCACCUUACUCUCUCUCUCUGGAUCUCCCCCCACCCCCCUUCUCUCUCUCUCCCUCUCUCUGCUGGAACGCACGUCCGGGGAUAAUAUUCUCGCUCUCUCCGUCUUUUGCUGCUGCAGAACGGACCGUAAAGCUUCACGCCUUCAUCCUCUUCUUCCCUGCCAGACCGGGAACUCAGAUCAAGUCAAAGCUCUACUUCUGAGAUCUCUUGCCUUGGCUAGCAGAGAAAGAACCAUUUGCUGGAACAACACCUGUUUCCCUGUCUGUGUGGACACGGGAAUCCAGCUGGGCCACAGAGAGUUUUCCACAAACACAUGAACAAGCUGAAAUCCAUCCAUCAGUAGAAAGGACAGUUUUUGAGGAGCUCAUUGGCAUUUAGACCUGAGGAGUGACACUCCACGCAACCGACAGUGUCCUCAAGUGGGAAGGACUCUACCCACUGCUCUUCGGAGCUACUACAGUAGAGGUGCUUCUUUCUUGGGUUACUGGCUGAGGUGUUAUACCCAGGUGCACGUGUGCAGGCUUUCAUUGCUGACAACUGGCACAUGAUCUGAGAACAUCAAAUUUGAGGCAUUCUACCUUUCGUCUGAGAUCGAGCACGUCCUCGUUGGUGCUAUCGAGUCAUACGGUUUUACGGGGCCAUGAGUAGCUGCUGGGUUGACAGUCUCCAAAACCCUUUGACAUGGAACACCUAAAAUGGGGACAGGACUUGCUGCCAUGCUGCAACCUCAGCUCUAAUUGUUGAGAAGGAAGCCUUUACAUUAACUGCUCUGUCUAUUUAAACUUGCCUCCCGAUUUGCAUCGGUUCCAGCGUUGAACUUGAACUGCUGCUCUAUCCAUCCUUUCCCCGACCCCCCUACCCUUUUACUGAGGUGGCACUCAGACAUCCAAACCAUGGCCAGCAGACUGUCCCCUCUCUCUCCAACCCUGUGUCUCUCGCUCCUGCUCCCUGCACUGUUGCUCCUCCACCUGUCUGGCACAGUGAAAGGGGAUUGCUGGCUGAUAGAGGGGGAAAAAGGUUACGUUUGGCUUGCUAUCUGCAGUCAGAACCAGCCUCCAUAUGAGACCAUCCCCCAGCACAUCAACAGCACGGUGCAUGACCUGAGGCUGAAUGAGAAUAAACUUAAGGCCGUGCUCUUUACCUCCAUGUACCGCUUUACAAACCUUACUGACCUCAAUCUAACCAAGAAUGAAAUCAGCUACAUUGAAGAUGGCGCCUUUGCUGGACAGGCCAACCUACAGGUUCUUCAACUGGGCUACAACAAACUAACCAACCUGACUGAGGGCAUGUUGAGAGGUCUGGGUCGAAUGCAGUGCCUCUUCUUGCAACACAACCUCAUUGAGGUCAUUGCCACCAAUGCCUUCUGGGAGUGUCCCAACCUCAACAGCCUAGACUUAUCUUCCAACAAGUUGGCCCGUCUUGACCCAUCUACUUUAACGGUUCUCAGCAGACUGACAGUAUGUGAACUAGGUGGAAACCCGUUCCACUGUGGCUGCGAGCUUUACAGUUUUCUCACUUGGCUGGAUGAGUUUAACAAUGUCACCCGCACCUAUGACCGUCUCCAGUGUGAAACACCUCCAGAAAUGACUGGCUAUCCACUCUUGAGUCCCGGGUAUGGAAAUGGAAGAAAUGCUCGAAACAUAUUAUUAUCAAUGUGUCGUGAUGGUGUGAUAAUUCCAGGGAUGACCUCUCAGAUGCCAGAUCAAGAUGGCUCAGGGAUGGGUUUGGACCAAGACCAAGGUGUGUACCAUCAGCCAACCACCUCAUCCACUGCUGACCCUAUCUAUAACCCUCAAAUUUCUAUGAAGCUUCAAACAGUUGCUCCGUACACAGCUUCACUAAUAGUCAAGAUCCCACAUCCCUACAGUAAGAUGUAUGUUCUCUCCCGGUAUAACAACACUUCUCUUGAAGAGGACAUAUCCCUCAAGUCAAGCAAAGCCACGAUAACUUUGAAGGGGCUGAAACCACAGUCCAAUUACACCUGUUGUGUGGCUUCUGUAAGGAAGUCUCAAAAGUACAACCACACCUGCAUGUCUUUUACCACACGAGCUACUGGACCACUGGACCACCGAACGAAUCCUUCCACAACAACCCACUACAUCAUGACCAUCCUGGGAUGUCUGUUUGGCAUGGUCAUUGUUCUUGGAUUUGUCUAUUACUGUCUGAGGCGCCGACGCAUCCAGGAAGAGAAGGAAAAAGCAAUUAGUGUGAAGAAAACAAUUUUGGAAAUGAGGUAUGGCCCAGAAGCAGCUGCAGCUGUAGUCAAUGACCCAAAUGCCAUGCAGCGUCUUCAGGAGCAGGCUCACCACCAGCAUCACCAUUCAGGCGGUGCAGGAGCCAAGCUGCCCCAAUCUGCCUCCUCUAGCACAGGCAUGCUUCACGGUUCAGCCAACACCAGUUCUUCCCGCCUCUCCACCUUGCCACAGGUGGAAAAAAUGGCCACUGCCUUCUCUGAGGCUAUGGGUGGCAAGGGUAACUACAUGGAUAUAAGGACAACGGGAAUGGCAGGGGAAGGCAGGGAGGCAGUGAUGGCAGCUGGAGGAGCAGGGCCAGGAGGGGAAGUAGUUGUGGAUAUGCGAGGUGGGGCUGAGAAUGGGACGGAGGCUGGGGAGGAUUCAGAUGAUGACGGUCGUGGCUCAGCAUCAGAGAUCUCCACCAUUGCUAAGGAGGUCGAUAAGGUGAACCAGAUUAUCAACAACUGCAUUGAUGCCCUGAAGCUGGAUGCCUCAGCUAAUGCUGUGACCACAGCUGACAAUACCAGUUCUGUGUCCUCCCAGCCUCCUUGCAUAGCAUCGCUCCCGCGCAACCUUCUCCCCCUCUCUCCAGGUCACCCUGGAGAUCAGAUCAUGGCUUCCUCUCCAAAGGUGCACCCUAAGCCUCACCUUCAACCUCAUCCACAACCUCAUCCUCAGCCAAUUCCUCAACCACAUCCUCAGCCACAUCCUCAGUCCCAUUCUCAGCCCCAUUCUCAGCCUCAUCCACAGCUCCAUCAACAGCCUCACCCGCCUUCAAUGGCCCCAGUGCCCCUGGUCAUGCCCUUAUCUGAGCGGCCUGGUAUCAGCGGGGGUGGAUUUCUCUCCCCUCCUUACCGUGAUCCACCCCCAGCCAAUGCAGUGCGGCCCCUUCAGAGGCAACUGAGCGCAGACACUGCUGUGGUUAAGAACCGCUGUGGUCCCCCUUCUGCAGGCUCUGCCAAGAACACAAGAGUGUAUAGUGUAGACAUCCCUGAGCAGCGCAGUGAUCCUCCCAAGUACCCAGGAGAAAAGGGUAGCCCCGUGGGUUGUGUUGGAGCGGGAGGAAGUGGAGGAGGUGGUGGAAUAGGAGGCUGUAACGGAAAUGGAAUGGGAAAUAUUAAUGGCGGAGGCCUGAGCUUAAAUGGGGGAGGAAUGGGAUGUAAUAGUGGGAAUGGAGGUGGCGCUGUAAGCUCUGGACAGCAGCAACAGCAGCACUUGGAAGUUCAGCCAGACUAUCAUAGCUCUGAGCACCGCCACUCCUUUCCUGCACUCUACUAUGAGGGUGGCAAUGAAUCGCCUUCACCAUCCCAAAAGGCUUCGUUUCUCAAGCCACUUGGGCGCACCAAGAGGGAUGCCACAUCCACCUACUCCCAGCUCUCACCUUCUCGUCACCACAACUACAACUCUGGCUACUCUUCCAGUCCAGAGUACUCAUCUGAGAGCACACUGCGAAUCUGGGAGCGAUUCCGACCUUACAAGAAAAGCCCUAGAGAGGAAGCAUCCUAUAUAGCAGCAGGGCAUGCUCUGCGCAAGAAGGUGCAGUUUGCCAAGGACGAGGACCUUCAUGAUAUUUUGGACUACUGGAAAGGUGUUUCCGCCCAGCAGAAGCUGUGAGCUGGGGAGCAAAGCUUAUGUCCUAAGGGAGAUUGUGGAAUGAAUGCCAACAGCAGACUACUGAAGAGGAACAUAUUAAUGUAGCAAGACAGAUAAUGUUUCCUCAGAGGUGUCUAGCGACACAGGUCAUUCAGGCGCCUGUUCAAGAAUUAAAGAGGUAUUCUCCUGGUGAUUUUUAAAAAUUGAUUUUGUGAAAAUCCAUUGACAUUUUCAGAGGCUAUUUCCAAGAUUCUCCUCUGUCUUCACCUCAACACGAAUGAUUUUUAACGAGAAUCCUGCCUCACCCUGGGCACUUUGGUCCUUUCAGGCUUCACAGACCUGUUGACUAAUCACUAAUGAUCAAAGGCGAGGUGAUGACAAGCAAACGUCUUCUACCUCACUGCUGGCAAACUGGAGCUCAGCUAUCUCCCCAGAAACAGCACCCAUCAUGACUUAAGCGCCAUCCGUUUUUUCUCUAAUCCCAUCAAGCCGUUAUUCACAAAACAAUCAUUCCAUGGCACGGCAGUACCUGCUGUCCUAUAGAAACAUCAUUUAGGAUGGUAAUGAGGAAGCAGGGUGAAGAAUUAGGUGUGUUUUGUUUUAGAAAAGCCUGAAUCUCCCUCUUUAGGGAAGACAUUAAAUGAUACUUAUCAGGUUAAUUGUUCUUCCUGGCGAUUAGCCGGUGUGAGAAUAGUUCAGGAACGCUUUGUGUUGCGCACACUCAUUGAUUUGAAGCACCUACAAACAGAUAUUCAGUAGUGUAUGGACAUGCACGUACAGUUUCUGCAUGCUUGAGUGAUUACUUGUGUGUGAAAGAGUAAAGUUCUGGUUGUCGGUGAGUCGUUUAUUAUUCUCAAGCUCACCCAAGGUAGCAAAGCCUGUACAGCUAAUAUAUGGAUAACAACAAAGUCAGGAAGUUAUGAGUGAAUGUGAGUGAGUACAUAACUGUGUAUUGUCUGUUGAGAUAGCAUGAAGACCCACAGGCAUUUUUGUCCCAUAGUCCAUUUCUUAUUUACAGUUGUAGCAUAUUUCUUUUCAUAAGGGAAGUUAUGAGAUGAAAAAUUUACAUUUCAAUAGUCCAAGUCUUGCAGAAAUUACUUUAGGUUGAGUUAUGCAGGUUUACAGGACAGCCAUUAGCUCCUAUAUUAAAGAAAAUGGUAAUCAUGUUUAGGAAUAGAGGCAAACUAAGAAUAAGUAAGGGUUUACUGUAGCAGCAUCUCAUUUUUAACAAUUUCCCCAUUAUGCAGACAGACUUCAGUGUAUUGUCAGUUGCCUUUGAAUCAACUGAAUGCAAGGAACCCUAAAAACAAAAAAGUGAAAUGCUUCCACUACUACACGUUAAGAUGAAAUGAAUAAUACGCAGGGUGAAGACCCUAGGGAUGUACUCUGACGCUACACUAUAUAUGACCACCUUGUGCUCUGGGUGGAAGCUGGUAGCUCGCUAGACCUGGACCAAAGUGCCCUUGGGAGGUAUGACUUUACAGGUUUCCAUUAUAAUCUUUUCCAUUGUGGUCAGCAAAGUAUAAAGAAAACAAAGGAAAGUUACAGCCUUGGUUUAUUUAGGAUUAGGGUUUAAAACUAUGGUUAAUACAAUGAAAAUGGAUUAGAGGAGCAAGGCUUGGGACUGUUGUGGACUAAACAAGAGACCUUGAGCAUUUUUAUUUAAUUUUCUGCCCAAAUUCCUAUUACAAGCUAUAAAUUCUUAAAAUGCAAAUAUAACUCAUUUCCCUCUGUUUUUCUGCCAACUCUGUCCAACUUAAUGGGAUAAAUUAAUGACUAAUUUUUGAAGGCUGAUGUUGUACCAUCAUCUGAGGUCAGAAGGCUCUGCUGAUAUUAUUAACUCUGCAGGUUUCAGAGCUUGACUGAAAUUAAUAACAGAUAGCCUUGUUUCGCUGUCUGUCUACCCAUUUUUUAUUUAUAUAAUGUCUCAUCAUUUUGUAUUUCCCUCCAUGUUUUGCAGGCAGGAAUGAUAGUCAGACACUGGCGUGAAAAACAAAAAGUCAUUCAUCUUCACUUGUGCAGGUGAAGGUGAAAUUAGGCUAUAACCUUCUGGGCUAUGUUCUUUCUGCUUUGAGUAUGAUUGGUCUGGAUUGGCCUGUUUGCAAGGCAUGCAAGUAAUGCAUUCUUAUUUGAUUUUCCACAGGAUUUAAUCUGAUGUUAUUGUUUUGAUAGGCCUUGAAUCAAGCCACCAUUGAAAGUGUGAGUUUGAUGGGGCAUUUAUUUACUCUUUCACCUAUAAAAUGUACGUCUAAAGAAUAGGCAGAGUCGCAAAGGUCAGCGCAAAUGACCCAAAUCUGCUGUGAGAAAUAGAAACGAUCAUGUUUAAAAGCAGUUGGGACAUGUCAUUUUAUUAGAUUUUUUAACACUGCACUUUGUUCUGCAUAAAUUGUCCCAUCCAAAUAUGUUAGAAUUUGCCACCCUUUGACACUAAAAGAAAUGUCUGAUUGUAAUAUAUUUAAUUUGUCUGAAUGAAAAUCACCUUCACUUCCACUGCAGCAGUGUGAUGGCACAAUCUCUCAAAACCUGGACCAAAAAACCAAAACAAAGACAAGUCAGAGAAUGUUUUUGCUUUUGAUAUUCUAUUAUUUUGAGUAAUAACUGGCAUUUCUAUGUCAUCUGUGGCAGUCAGUGCAAUAGACCCACUGGUGUUUGCAAUGGGAUGUCAGCAGAAUGUCAUUACUUUAUCAUUAGAUCAAUAGAACCUAAUUUGGGUGAGUGGUAGCGCAUAAAAAAUCCACAGUGUGAAUUCCCUUGGGCACUCAGUUGGACCGUGUCCAUUUUUUAUAAAGUGCCUAGUGUUCUAUUUUUGCCUUUUGUUCAAGUUUUACUGGCAGCUCCCCUAUUUGUAACGUACAAAAGGAAUCACCAAUCAAUUAGUUUUAAAUUAGUACCACAGGCUAUGCAGGGGUAGAAGCUUUUUAAAAAAAUAAUGGCUUCACUUGGAAGAAGAAGGGGAGCUGAGGUUACCCUCACGUACCCCGAAGGCAUUUCUUUAGAUGUAAGGAAUAACAUUAGCUCAGUUAUUCAUGGAAUUAUUCAUAGUUUCCAAUUUGCCAUACGUCACACCAUUACCAAGACCAUCACUCACUUUUGUCCACCAGUCCAGUGUUUAUUUAAAUCUAUAAAAUUACUCUUUAACCAAGCUGUUCUCCAAGCAGACUUUUUCCUCUGCCCCGGAGAGGAGUUCAUACAUGGUGACCAAGCUUUGCUCUUCUUUACUUCCACUGGUUGAUACUGACAAAUGUACAGAUUCUAUAACCUGGGAUUUGAUAGAGUGCAUCUUCUUUCCAGUCUGUGUACUUAACCAUGGUCAUGUAUGAAAUCGUAGGCCUUCAGAAGUUAAAGGUAACAGGGAACAAUUGAGAAAGCACAGCUUGUGGCAGUCUCACAAGUCAAACUACCUUUACCCAGAGGAGAGGAAUUCAAGAGUACAAUUAAACUGGUAAUCAGGCAUUGUGUAUGCUCUGAACAAAAAUAAUUCGCUAGGCUUCUUUUUUUUUUGUGCCACAAAACUGGCAUUAACAUCACGAUUCUAGUCCUGGUACUUUGGGAGGAAUGGGUCUGGUCUAAAAGCUUUUUAUUAAGUUAUAAACUAGAAGGAUAGUUUCUAUAUGCCUCAAACAAAUUCACGGUGGUUUCUAGACAAUAUCACUGGCUGCCUCGGGGAGUCAUUGCUGCGCAAGUUUGGCUUCUUAUUUCAGUUUCGUAAGUUUCUGAAGUUCAGGCUUAUUGAAAAACACAAAUCAAUAGUCAUGGAAAAUCACAGAACAACCCUGCUCAUUUCCUCCCUUUGGAGUUGUAGUUGUUCUAAAUGUGAACCUCAGGCACAGAAACCAAUGGGUUGCAAUGGUUCCCAGGGAAUGGCAGCGAGGUCUCUUUGCUCCUUUUUAAUUAAACUUAUGAAUCCAUAGGAUGAAGUCUGCAGUGGAAACACUGGCUUUGUAUUAAUGCUGUAAACAUUAAAACACUAUACAGAUAGCGUCUGGCUGAAGUAAACUCAGAAGAAUUCCUCCCUCUAUCCCUUUUUGCCUAUUUUUCCUUUACCAUUAACAAGGUAAUGGACCACAGAAGCCUAUGCUGCAAAUAUAACUUUUUGCCCGUUCUCCUUGAGUUUAAUAUCACUGUAGAAAAUGGGAGUCUUGGGUGAGAAGUAUGUGCUACAGGAAGUGUAACGUCCUGACAAUUUAAUCUCUUAACCUAUCUUGGCACAUUUAUCUGCAUUCUGCUAAACAAGAUAAUCAAUUUAUGUUGUAAACAUGUAAAAUAUGAUACAUUUUUAGAUCAGAUUACAUUUCAGAAGCCACAGUUUGGUGCAAUUUGAAGACGUGCAUUUUUUGUGUUAAAGCGUGACACGAUGGGACAGUCUUGCUUUCCCGGGCCAGGUUUAAUUUACUGUUCAUUCUGAGCUCUCCCUCCCUCCCUGCUGCUCUUGGAGAUAUUUUUUUCAGCUAUGCUUUAAUUUCUGUAUUUGUUUAUUUUACUUCAGAGUUUUCAACAUACUGAUCUAAGGACCUGUAUUACAGGACCUGUAAUAAUGGAAAAGCAGUUAUCAGCAGUUCAGUGCUAUUCUCAUUUUAUCCAGACUGUGUGUUAUGUUUGGGUUAAACCAAGUACAGACAGAGCUGUUGUACUUGGAGUUUGAGUUUUCAUGGAUUGUGAUAAAUACUAAUUGAUAGGCAGAGCCAAAGGUCCUCCAGUCUCACCACAGACUAUUUAGAAGCUGAAGGGAACGAACCACAAUCUGGUAAAUCAAGUGAUCUGUUGCGGAAGCUUAAGAUUCGCAUACGAUUAAGAUAAGAAGUUUCUGAAGGCAAUUUUCUUAGACUUGGAGAAGCUCCAACUUUCAAGAAGCACAGACUUUCAGUUAAAGUGUUUGGUGCAGUUCACCAUUGGUUUUGCUAGGUUAUCAGCCAAGCUAGCAGUUACCUGAGAGCUAGUGAGGAAUUCACUGUGGUUUCCAGUCUAUCUGAUUGCAUCCAGAAACAUUGUAUUCUUCUCCUGCUGGAAAUCAAAAGUGAACCAAGAAGUUUCAGACUAUUUGACAUUCCUAAGUUUGUCUGGUGAUGCCAGGCUAGUUUUCUACCCUGGAUGGUCAUACUUACAUUAACUAUCAUUUCUGAUCUCUGCCAAAUAACAGUCACUUCUGCCCCCCCCCCCCUUCCCCCAUUUGAAAAACACCAUUUCACACCCCUUUCAGAGGUGUCAGUUUAAUUAACUACUUUCAACACUUUAAAUUUUAAGCACUGUGAAACUAUAUUGCUUACUGGCACUGAGAAAGAAGCUCUGUGACUUGUCUGCAUCAAACUAGAGGCUUGAUAACAAGUCCAAACCCCCGAAGAACCCCGAAUUGACUUUUGUCUUUGGCUAUUUGACUGGCUCCACAGAGGAAGCAGGACUGUGAUUUUAAAAAUGUCUGUCUGCUGUUGAAGUUGAGUCGUCAGUUGGUUGAUUUAUUUGUGGGUUGACGGUAGAUCCGCUGACCUUUCGGCUCACUGUCAACCGAACAAGAGAGACUGACGGAGGGAGUUGCCUCGUGAAACCAACACGCAACAAAAACAGAAGAGUUUUUUUUACCGGUGGCCAACUGUGACAAACACACACUCUUACACAACUCCACAAAACACACAAACGCUAAUGUAGAGAAUCAAUGAAUAUACUGUACGUGUUUGAAUAGUUUAGAGUAACACUUUAUGGACAUAAAAUGUAAGAACACACACUACAUACACCUUCCCACACACGAGCAUAUAUACCUACACACAUUUGUAUACGAAAACACCUUGGCACACACACACACACACACACACACACACACACACACACACACACACACACACACACACACACACACACACACACACACACACAGACCAUAUUCACACUUGCCUACACAAAACAUGGACUGAAUAUAUUUCUAUCCACGUUUACAGACACAUAUGUCUUAAAAGUGCCAAAACGGCGAGUUUUAUAUGCAGAUGGAGUGGAACCAAACAUCUGUAGAAAUGAACUCAGUGUCUUUACAGGCCUAAGAGCCCGAGUGUCUGUUUUUGUUUCUGUAUUUACCUCCCUGUAUAAUUGGUGUUUCUUUUCUGCACUGUUCCUGUUUUCGCUGUUGUAAUUCUCAUACUCUGUUCCAGUCUGUACUUCCUGUAGAAUGAAAUCACUUACUGUGAAUGUUAUGUUGAGUUCUCAUGGGUCCUUCUGAUCUGUCCCGCUUUAAAAUGAAUAGUUGUAGCAGUGACGUAUGUUUAAUCACAGAUUUUUUCACACCUGCAGAAGCCCUCCUGCUCUGCAGACACAGAUCAAAUGAGAGCACAAAAUAUCACCACAGUUAUUGUACGUGUGAAAAAGUAGGGUUUGAUUCACCUUUGGACAAUCAAAGUCUCUCUCUCUCUCUCUCUCUCUCUCUCUCUCUCUCAAACACACACACACACACACAA